GCCCACUCUCCACAACAUUACUACUAUGCCUACAUAACAUGAAAGCGUCUGAGGGGUCCCGCAAAACCUGGACUAUAGUCUCCAAGUAUCUUUUUACCUUUGGUAUCUUUGCGCAGGCCGCAAUACUUCUUGUCGUUCUAGGUUCCUACUGCGGCUUCUAUCCUUCCAAUUACUCGCCACUUCCGGGUCGUGAGGUCGCUCAAGCUCCCACCAACAAUGGUCUGACAUUGCGACACAUCAUUCAUCAUGGUGCGGGUCAGCCAGGACCGCGUGCCAGAAGGCUGGACGUGACAGAAGAUCGCAUGGUCCAAGCUGAAGCUGCCAGCCAUUUCGGGCCAUUCAUUGUCAAACAGGCUCCCAUUACCAUCGAAAAACCAUCAACUAUCCACAAGUAUGAUGGUCAGAGGCCGAUCUGGUCGACAAUAUCACCAAUUUUUGUUGCUGAAGAUGUCGCUGCUCCUGAUGUUGAAGACAAGGACACGAUUAUCAGUCUGGCUUCGAUGUCUGAGGAUGCCUACAAGCCUGGCCCUGCGGAUCCGGAGUGGAUGGAUGUCGACGAAUCUUACAACUCUUCUGUGCCCUUUGGAUGGGACGACAGUGGUAUUCGAGGCCACGUAUUUAGCGACGACACCAACUCGACCAUCAUCCUAUCGGUGAAGGGUACCACAGUUGCCAUGUUCGAAGGGAAUGGCACGUCAGGCCACGACAAGGAAAACGACAAUCUGUUUGGCUCCUGCUGCUGUGGACAAGGUGGAUCGUAUUGGUGGAAACAGAGCUGUGACUGCAUGACUAGUACCUACUCCUGCGACGACAAGUGCGUCAGAGCAGAGUUGCGGAAGCCGAACCGAUACUAUCAAGCGACCAUCGAGCUUUAUGAAGAGGUACAACGGAUCUACCCGGACGCAAACAUAAUCACGACUGGUCACAGCUUGGGCGGUGUUCUCGCUUCCCUGAUAGGUCUGCAGCAUGGCAUUCCCGCCAUCUCCUUUGAGGCAUACCCCCAAGCCAUGGCAGCAAAACGCCUCGGACUCCCUGCUGCUAGUGAUGUUGCUCCGCUACGAAAGAACACGGGUGGUUUCCACUUUGGCCAUACAGCGGAUCCUGUCUAUAUGGGCACAUGCAACGGCUUCUCGAGCUUCUGUUCCAUUGGCGGCUACGCUUUUGAGACGAUAUGUCACACUGGGAAGCGUUGCGCGUACGAUGUCGUCAAAGACUGGGGAUGGCGACCGAGUACGUCAACGCAUCGUCUACGGUACGCUAUUGAGAACGUGUACAUGAAGUAUGACAAGGCGGCAACAUGCGUGGACGAAGAUGUCACAUGUGUAGAUUGCUUCCUCUGGAAGUUUGACGAUGGGACUAAAACAACGUUCACCACAACGCCGACUGCUAUGCCCACGUCUCGCACAAGAACAAGAACCGAGACCUGCAAAACGCCUGGCUGGUGGGGAUGCCGCGAUAGAACAUCGACUUCUGCGUCGGCAACUGCAACACUAACGGAGCCCAUCGUCACUUCCACCUCAGAGUCAAGUACCAGCACGUGUAAAUCAGUAAGUACUCUGAACAGCUACGCUCAUAUACCGCAACUGACAAUAAUUGCAGCCUGGCUGGUUCGGGUGCAAAGACAAGACAACAGCGUUGACCUCCACUUCUCUAUCCGAAUCUACUACUGCUACAACUGCAUGUACAAGCAAGGGCUGGUUUGGUCGCUGCAACGAUGAUUCACCUGCAACAACAACGCCAGCAGCGGAAGGGUACGCCUACUAUCGCACAGCACCCACAGCGGCCCGAACAGCGCCGUAGCGAGACUGGAGUGAUACUCAGCCUGAAGUUUGACAACUUAACAUCGUGAAAUGUGCAGCCCCUAUCACCGUUCGUCUCAUCCAAAACACAUACAAGCAACAACGGACUCAGUAGCAUCAUGCCAAU